GCGGGCAGAAUUGCGGCUCGCGGAUGCUGGGGCACCUAGGGUGGGAACGCGGGCUGAAGCCACAGGCAGGAGUGACAUCCAGGCCCCGACGGCGUGAACAGGCCGCAGGAUGGGUCAGAAAGGGCUCCUACUCUGAGGGCACACACAUCCCGCCUAAAAUACAAAGUGCUGCUGGAAUUGGAAGGCCCGGGGCUCACUCCUGCCCUCGCGGCAGGCCCUGCCAUGGAGCCAGGCAGCGUGGAGAACCUGUCCAUCGUAUAUCAGAGCCGCGACUUCUUGGUAGUAAACAAGCACUGGGACCUGCGCAUUGAUUGCAAGACGUGGCGGGAGACCUUGACCCUGCAGAAGCAGCUUCGGCACCACUUCCCAGAGUUGGCUGACCCUGACACCUGCUACGGGUUCAGGUUCUGCCACCAAUUGGACUUCUCCACCAGCGGGGCACUGUGCGUGGCACUGAACAAGGCAGCCGCAGGCAGUGCUUAUAGAUGCUUCAAGGAGCGGCGUGUCACCAAGGCUUACUUGGCAUUGGUUCGGGGCCAUAUCCAGGAGAGCCAGCUGACAGUCAGCUAUGCCAUUGGCAGGAACAGCACAGAGGGCCGGACGCAUACCAUGUGCAUCGAGGGCACACAGGGUUGCGAGAACCCAAAGCCAAGUCUCACAGAGCUUCUGGUCCUGGAACACGGGCUAUAUGACGGCAAUCCUGUAUCCAAAGUGCUGCUGAAGCCACUGACAGGCCGGACUCACCAGCUGCGUGUGCACUGCAGUGCCCUCGGUCACCCUAUUGUGGGUGAUUUGACGUAUGGGCAGGCCACUGGCCAAGAGGACCAGCCUUUCCGCAUGAUGCUGCACGCAUUCUACCUGCGCAUCCCCACAUUGGCUGAGUGUGUGGAGGCCUGCACGCCGGACCCCUUCCUGUCCACCCUCGACGCCUGCUGGUGCCCUCACACCCUGGUGCAACCUCUUGACCAGCUUCUCCAGGCCCUGCGGGCUGCCCCUGACCCUGGGCCAAUGGAUGGGGACCCUGGGUCCUGUAGCCCCCCUGUACCCCUACCCGGGCCAGGCCAGGGCCCUCCUGAGACUGAAGCUCAACGAACAUCCUGCCUGCAGUGGCUGUUGGAGUGGACACUGGAACCAGACAACUGAGGGCCACUGUGGGGUGCUGGACUCAGCUGGGCCUGAGGGGAAGGGCUAGCAGGGCAAGCAAAGGGCCAGGCAGGCAUGACUGCUGGAGGUCUGUGCUGUCCGCCUAUAGGAUUGAUACCUGAUUAGGGGGUCUUCCUCCCAGUGUCUCCUGGGCAAAACUCUUCCUGCUAGAAUGGCUUUGUGAUUCCAAAGUUUCCCCCUAGCAGUGGUCGUGAACCUAUGGCACAUGUGCUACAGCCAGUUGUUAUUGAAACCUCUAAAAGGUUAGCCAUCACUGCCCUAGGGCCUCAUCUAGCAGACUUAGCAGAGGCCAUCUAGCUGGUAGUCUCAGAACUAGGAUCUGGACAGCCUUUGCCCGCAAGUGGGUUCCUGCUGGCCCAGCAGCUGCUGCAUUUGGUGCCCUACUCACCCAGAGGGCUCCUCACCUGGGCUUUAGCCCCAGGUCCACCCAGUCCUGUGAGGUGUUUCACUCUCUUCUGAUCCUCUUAACUUGCAGCCUGCCCAGACCCCAUACUGCAGUCACACCCUGUCUCCUGCCUCGCCUUGCCUGCCUCAGGCCUUUGCUUUAGCUGGACUCUGCCCUGGGCCCCGCCCUCCUUUGCCUGCAAUCAGUGCUUGGCUCUGAUGUGUUGGGCUGUGCGGGGCAUCAGCAGAGGCCUGUCCCUUCAAACCCAACAUGUAUGCUGCUUUUGCUGUGGGGCUUCUGGGCUCCUGGUCCCUGGGUGCAGCUCCUGCCAAAGCAGCACCUGCCUGGCUCCCAUAAGGCCACAUGGUGUCAGACUCUGCCUUUAGGAAGCAGCCUGGCCUUAUCUUCUCUGUUCCUUGCAAUAACACCAUGCUCAUGACUGCAGCUGGGACAUAGGAUUUGGAAUAAAUGUUCAGUAACCAAUCCCAAGAGUGACCAUGAGUACAGUGAUCUCAGCUCCAACCCAUCCAUCAGGGCCCUCAGUGGAUCUCAGUCCUGGCUGCUGACCAGCCCUCCCUUCAGGCCAUGUGAAUUUGGGGCCUCAGAGGCUGAGCUCUUGGGUGCAGAAGCCAGGUGGCCACAGAGGAGCCUGGCCUUCCAGUCAAAGGCAUCAGAGUACCAGGCCAGUCUCACCUGGAGUCCCUUGUGGGUCUGCUAUGUGCACCACAGAGGUCAUGGGCCUGGUUUUCAGAAUCAGCUCUGUGACGAAGAGUGUUCUCCUGGGUUGCCUGUCUUAGUCCUGGGUAAGGUCCUAGUAGCAACACUGGGUGGGGCAAGAGGAGGUGCCUUCUGGGGCCCUGGACCAGUUUCUUCACCCUUGGCCUCUUGGGGAGGCUAAGUCCCUACCUCAGGGUGUGCCCCCUCUGAAAUGCACCUCCUUAGCUGUCUUCCCACCUGAGGUGACCUGGUUCAUGUCCUACUUCCUCUGGGUGUCAGAGGGGCAGCGAAUCAGCCUCAUGGGCCUGCCUUUUCUUGGGGCAGCAGGCCCUAAGGCUACAUAUUCCAUGGCUUGUUGACCAUGGGUACUUCUGGGGGCUGGGCCACUUUGCACCUAGGUGCCCCCCAGACUUUAAGGAGGAUCAUCUCAAAGCAUCCCAGAAGCCUAGCCCUGCCUUGUCCCCAAAGCUAGGCAGGGUUGAGGGCUGACCUCAUGACAUGUCACUAAGGCCAGCAGCUGCUCUCAAAAGAGAUACCGAAAAGCAAGUGGGGCUACCUUCAGUAUCCCCCAUACUAGGCCCUGCAGGGACAGACAGCAUCCCCAGGAGUUGUAGGUGGCCUGUGGAAGGGGUGACAGAUGGGAAGGUAGACAGGCAGGCAGGUGACCAAAGGAUAGACCCUGUCCUCGGGAAGUCUCCACCUAUGCUUUCCCUGAAAGGUCUGUCAGCCACCCUGGUCUCAAAGGCCCAAAGAGCCCCACCUACCCACCAUGUCCAGUCCCUGCUCCCAUGCAAGGUAGACUCCAGGCUGCAGAGCCCCAACAUGAGCCCUACCCAGCCUGUCUGUCCCUCCUCUCCUGGCUGUAGAGUAGACAAGUUCUGGAGGAUGUGGAACAUCAGGCAAGGCUCCCUAGAAGAGGGGUUUCCUCAGACAAGGCACUCCAGGUGGGGACCACGGGAAAUGUGUGCAGGAGUGCUGAAGGCUCUGCCCAGCAUGCACAGGCACCAGUACACCACUGUGUAGCCUCCAGCAACUCACUCAGCCUCUCUGGGCCCCUGUCUCUUCCUGGGAAAACCAGGAUUACUGCUGCCUAAGGGCCAUGAAUGGGCUUAAUAAACCAGAGUUUGGGACCCGAUGUGGUUGUCUCAGCAA